AUGGAGAAUCACCACCACAACCACCGUGAAUUCUCCUUCUUAACCUCCUCCGGCGACUUCAUCCGUAACAACAACACAGAUCCUCCAAUCAAAGAAAUGGAUCUCUUCUCAUCAUCACAUAACAACAACCAAGAUCAAGAUCAACAUGUUAACACAGGACUGAAUUUAACCUGUGCAAGUGCUGCAGUUUCCAAAGAACAAAAUCCUGAGAAUUCUGAAACUGAGCUGAUGAGUACACUGCAAAUUGAAUUGAGGAAGGUGCAAGAAGAGAAUCAGAAACUAAGAAAUGUGUUGGAACAAAUCACCAAAAGCUAUAGCCAAUUACAAGCUCAGUUGUUCAUCGCUUUACAGAAACAAAACCAUGUCGAUAAUAUGGAAGCAAAUCAUGUGAUGGAAUCAUCGGAACAAAAGACUAUGAAUGAUGCAUCGGUUUCCGAUGGAAAACAAGCUUGUCUUUCUGAUCAUACUGCAAGAGAUGUUGUUGAAUCUUCUUCCUCGCACUCAUCCAAAACUUCAGAGCAAGAUCUAAGUCAUUUUAGAAAAGCUAGGGUUUCGAUACGAGCAAGAUCAGAAGCUCCGAUGAUUAGUGAUGGAUGUCAAUGGAGGAAAUAUGGACAAAAAAUGGCUAAGGGAAACCCUUGUCCUCGCGCCUACUAUCGUUGCACUAUGGCCGUAGGAUGCCCCGUUCGCAAGCAGGUCCAGAGAUGUGCGGAAGACAAAACGGUGUUGAUAACAACCUACGAAGGCAAUCACAACCAUCCACUCCCACCGGCCGCAACUGCAAUAGCAAAUACCACAUCAGCAGCUGCAGCAAUGCUACUAUCAAAUUCUUCAACCUCAUCAACACUAAGCAAAGAAUCAGCACCAUUUUUGUCUUCAUUUCCUUACGCUACAAUAUCAACCCUAUCAUCUUCUCAACCAUUUCCGACUAUCACUCUCGACUUGACAAACGGCCACAACCUUGCCAUGCAACACAACAGAUUUCCUCUACCAUUGCAACAUCCACAACAACUUCUAGGUAUUAACCCGUUCCUGUUCUCGCAGAAGCUACCGACUAUGGCUUUGCCCUUACUUCAGCUAGGGCAACGACCACCUUCUUCAAUGGUUGAGAGUGUGAGUGCGGCUAUUUCUUCGGAUCCAAACUUCACUGCAGCCUUGGCGGCAGCGCUUUCGUCAAUCAUUGGAGCACAAAGAGGCGGUGUUGAUAAUAAUAGUAACAAUGCAAGUGUGGUUCCUGCAGGUUCACCUCAGCUUCCUCAGUCAUGCACUACGUUCUCUACCAGUUAG